UAGAUUUUAGGACGAAUUUUAACAGGUUUACCAUGAAUAGCGAAUUUUGUAUUCCUAUAACAAGACUCCAGAGCAUUUAAAAAAGUCAAACCAAGUUCAGAAAUGAGUCGUUUGCUUAAUUUUUCAGUCAGUCUAUCAUCUACUUAUUUUCGUAAUCAACAGUUUAAUUAUUGUACUCUUGAAUGUUUCAGUACGCAGCAUUCUUCCAAAAUCAUGCGUUACCAAACAACGUAUGAGUUUUGUGUGUGAUGUAUCGUGAUAUAUUGGUACUUAUUUUUGAGCUGCUGCAUAACGCACUAUUUUCUAAAACGCGUGAGUAAAACAGAUGUUUGUUUAUCUAGUCAAACCGUAUACUUAGUAACUGUUAGAUAACAGACAGCUACUGAAGGAUUCCAAAGCUCAUUGUCCCUUCCCGUGCCAAGGUAUUUGUUGAGGAAUUACAUCUUUUAAACUUAGCGCAUAAGUGUAGCAUAACUAUUAAGUUGCAAUUUACUCUAAAAGUGACAUAUCACUAACGAAAUGCUCAUAAAACAGAGCCUUAUAGAUAUCUGACUGUUUCCCGCGUCCGUCCCAACGACCUUAAGCGCAUGCUAUACUUUGGUUAACGGCACCUGUCAUUAUCAUAUCUGGAAUCUCAACGCUGCUGACCAACUACGGAGCAAAUACCACCCAGAUCAUUUUUUGAGUACCAUUUUUUCAAUGGGUUAGUAGCUCGUUGAGGUUAGGAUUAUGUUUAAGGUUUUGGAUCACUUUGAAAAUUGCUUAAUUCAGUCAUUAUUUGAGUGCCUAACAAUACAGUCAAACUUAGUACAGAAACAUACUGUUCCGCUUGUUCAGUGCAAUGUCUGCAUUUUUUAAUUCAUACCGGACGUUUGCUUGGUCGGUUGGUAGGCGGUGGUUGUCAUCAGAAUGUUUCGAGAAGAGUUCAUUGGAAACAGAAAGAAUUCGAACUGUUAGUCCACAGUCGGUUCAUUGGUUUCCGGGACAUAUGCAUAAAGUCCACGAUGCAAGAAUACCUUUCUCAGGCAGACCAGAGUUUUUUCAAAAGUUUGAAAUGACAAGGCCUACUAUUUUGCUACUGAAUAAAGUUGAUUUGGCAGAAAAAGUUACUGAUCGAGAAACAUACAAAGCCCGGAUCCUAGAAGCAUCAAAGAUUGUCAACCGAAGUCCAAUUGAAGUGUACUAUACUCAACUAAAUGCACCAGAGAAACAAAAACGAACUCUGAAAAGAAUAAUGUCUAGUCUACCUCAUUUGGCUGCUAGUGCAGGAAGUAUUAUUAAUUCUACUAUAACUCUAAUGGUUGUGGGUAUACCGAAUAGUGGAAAAAGUACAUUGAUUAAUGCUUUACGCGGAAUUGGACGUGGAGGUCCAGGAGGUGCAACAAGAGUUGGUCGUAAUGCAGGUCAAACUCGUUCUGUUGGUCAACCAAUUAUCUUGUGUAGGGGACAACUAAACAACAUGGUGGAUGAAAUGGACUAUCAUACGAACAGUUCUGAUGAUUACAGAAUCCAAGUUUUUGAUACCCCCGGUAUUUUGGAACCUCGUGCUCAAACUUUAGCUGAACGAUUAAGUCUUUGUGUUUGUGGAGCUGUUGAUUUAAAUUCUGUUCAACAAGAAAUAGUCGUUGACUAUCUAUUAUUCUGGUGGAAUUAUCGUCAACGAACAGAGUAUAUUAGUCGUCUCGAUCUUUCUGGUCCAAUCACAGAUGUCAAUGAAUUGUUACUCCAUGUAUGCUUGAAGAAUAAUUUUUUUCUGAUUACAAAAAAUCCACGUUGGCAAGCUCAUGAAAUUGAGAAUAUCAAUGAACUGUCGUCAAAUAAUACUAGUCGAGAGAUAAAGAUACCAGAUGUACGACAUGCUGCUUCAUAUAUUCUUCAAUUAUUCAAUAAAGGAUAUUUUGGUCGAACUACUUUUCUACCUGAAGAUGAAUUGGCAGCUAGUAAAUUUUUUCAUCUUGCACGCAAACGUUGACCAGAGUUCACGGCAGUUUGAUAUCCUAUAUAACACUUGUAGAUUUUUGUAAAUAAAUAAUUAACUUAUGUA